CAGAGGAAAGUUGAGCAGACAACUGUAAAACAACAAAAGCGAACGACCAACUUCAAAAUGCCACAGUGGUUUAAUCUAAGGAUGCCAUGUCCUGUGCUUGGAUGCAAAAACUCGAGAAAUGACAUUAUUUUGAACUGGGUUUGCGCUACGGACAGAACAACUAUGCGUAUUAGCGAGGAAGGAAGACUCGCGUGUAGCCACUAUUCCAGUCCACACAACGACAAAAUCGCCAACUGGAAGUUUGACUGUGGAGAUCGCUCUUCUGACGGACCUCAUCGAAGCAAUCACUUUGUCGCAGCUGAUUACCAAGGAUUUGCUCACGCCAUGUCCAUCGCAGUGGCAAAUUCAACUGUGGCGGGGGCUGAAUGGCUCAUGAAACUCAUGGCUAAUUUGAAGGAACAGUAUAGAGCCUGAUUAUUCGUUAGAUCCUUGUGGAGUUGAAGGCCAAACAUUGUGAUAGCAUUAUUAUUCAGUAGAAUGAAAAGGGGCUUGUCCGAAAACAUCUUCCAUUUCGAAGUAGGAGUAGAUAUUAUCGGUCAGUUUUAAGCCGAAAUAGAGCGGGAUCUGAGUAGGAUUUCCACUUUUUGAGUACUUUUUUCUAAUUUCGUUACUUAAUACAAGACAAAUGAAACUCAGGUAGACAACGAUUGUUGUAAAACUAGAAUUUUUGGAUAAUAAACAAGACAGCAGCAAUGAA